AAGUCCAUCACCGGGUUCUUCAUCGUCACCUUUGGCAAAACAAGACAAUAGCUCUUCCUCUUCCUUUUACAAAACCCUUAUUCAAAGUCAAAGCCUCCAACUCUCGAGAUUCAAUGGAAUUUGCAAACAAACUCUCGAAUUUAGCGAUCAAAGCAGUAAACAGCGACGCCGUAGUUAACACUUUCCUGGCUGUGUCGCUUCUGGCCAUAACCGUGAGAUCGGUGAAUCAGCAAAAAGACAUAAAAGCUCUUGAAUCGGAAAAGGAGUCGCUGGUGAACGCCAACAAAGCCAUCAAGAAGACCAUGUGGGAUUGGAAACAACAACUCUUCGCUGAAGCCGCCUCUGAAUCCCUCUUGGUUCCACUUGCCACACUCAAAUCCAUCUACGGCGAAGCCCCAACACCCUCUACUGGGGAAGCAGUUAAUGAAGAAUCCAAACCCUCUGCAGCCAAAUUUGUAGUGUGAUGUUUAUGUUACUAAUUUUGUUUGAAGAUAUUGUAAUUGAUGGACAUUGUGUACUGUCCUUCUAUAGCUGAGACGACAUAGAAUAGAUCAUCUUUACUGGAGAAUAAUGCAUUGCAUUUUGAGCUAAGAUUUUCAUAUGUUGCAGCAAUUGUUAAACAAUGCCAAUUAAUUUCUUGGUGACAUAAUUUUGUGAUUGUUCUCUGUUCUCCAAA